AAUUGCUUGAGGCUAGGAGUUCGAGGGCAGCCUGAGUAACAUAGCAAGACCAGAUCCCCACCCCCACUCCCAAAAAAAGAGUGAGAUGUUAGAUUUUGAAGGGAAAGCGAGGGUUAAAGAAACACACACCACAAACACACACACACACACACACACGGAGGUUCAAUGGCAAAUGCGGGAUUUGUGUCCGGCAUAACACCUACAGAGUUGGGGAACCAACCUGAUGCCAGUGCCUACCAUUGCUUACAGGCUGGGGCACUUGUAGGCCUGAGCAGGAGGGGUCUGGGCAGUAUGGCUUGCUGCCAGGGAAGAUGUUGAUAAGACAAUUUGGCUCUUGUUCCCACAGAAUGUAAUGUUCCUUGCACUUUUUGCCAGCACAAUAUGAUAAAGGGCAGGCUGUUACUCACAGCCCGAACCCCUGUGGAAUGUUUUACCUUGAUUAAGGUCUGAGAAAUGGUGGGAGACUUACAAAAUGAUGCAGUUUGGGCUAACAAGAGAGAACCAGAGGAAGAAUAAGGUAGUUGGCAGAACUCGAGGAGGAGACCAGAUCAGGAGGGACCACAAGGACAGGAGAAUUAGCAUCGAGAGACUGGCUAAUCUUUUUAGAAAACUCUUGAGUUUUGAGAAAACUUCACAGUGAUCUCCAUUAAAGGUCUAUUAAAAGGCCUUUUUGUCAUUCAGUGAUAUGUGUCUGGCCCUUGAGACUUUAGUUUAACACUAUCCAAAUUAUCUUAUUUGCAUAACCCCCUUUUCAAAGUUGAAAAUAUUGAUUAGCCCCCGGAGAGUUGCAGGUGAGGAAAUGGGGUUCUAGAAUCUGGCAGGGCAGUGUGAUGUGGAAGGGCACGUUUACUCUUCCACAAGAUGUGACAUGGCUGACACUGGACCACAUCAGCUUAAGAUUUUCCCCAAAGGGGGUUGUGGCAUAUUGGUGAUAGCCAUGCUGUUACAUGUGCAUAUUUCCAUUUAGAACAAACUAUACCACACUAUACACAUGGAUUGACACUUUGCUCUUUUAAUACAUCCUGGAGAUGUUUUAUAUCAAUACAUAUGAAACUUUCUUUUUAAUAACUUUAUAGUAUUCCAUUAUAUGAAAGCACCAUAUUUUGUUGGCUGGUGAAGAGGUUUUUCUAUAUUAUGCUAUCACACAGCAUUAUAGUGAAAGCCUCUGUGAAUAUGUGACAGUGUAUCUGUAGCAUAUCAUCUAAAAAUAGAUGAAUAUUAGAUCAAAAAGAAUCUUUUGGAUCAUCUAGAAAUGCUAACAUCAAAAUAGAAUUAUUGAAACGAGGAAAAUGUCAGGUGCUUCCUAUGUAUUAGGCACUGUGGUGGUACUGGGAAUUAACCAAGAAACCAGUUAAACUUGCUCCUUGCCGUCAUAUAAUUUUACAUCUGACUGGGGGAGACAGACUCACAAAAGCCGACAGGCAAAAAUUACAAAUUACGGUAUGAUGUGAAGAAAGUUCAGUGGGUACAUAUGCAAGUUUGUUACAUGAAUAAAGUGCAUGGUGCUGGGGUUUGGUGUAUGAAUGAUUUUGUCACCCAGGUGGUAGCAUAGUACGCUUUUCAAUCUUCACUUUCCAUUCACCUUCCACCCUCAACUCACAAGGAAAUGACCCUACCAGCCAUCGGACCUCUCAGCAGGCUGGACCCAACUUAGCCCUUUUCUGCGAGGCCUAAGCGGCGGCACCAUCGAGUCGCGGUCCUCCAGCGUUCCUAGAGCGGAGAAGACAGUGCUCCGAAGAGCUACAGCUGACCCUCGGCGAUGCGCUAAGACGCUGUUUCAGAGCGUUUGGCCUUUCUGCGGCCCCUUGGCCAGGAGUAUCCCUGAAGAUACAGUCGAAAUAAAGUUUUCAAAACAGGGAGAGCAGUCUGAAGCUGGGGAUGGCGACAGCAUUGGUGAGUACCCAUUCCCUGGCUCCCCUGAAUCUGAAGAAGGAGGGGCUUCAGGUAGUGAGGGAGGAUCACCACCCUACUUGGAAAGAGGGAUUCAAGCUGCAAAGAAACAGUAAAGGCCUUGGACAGGAGCCAUUGUGCAAACAGUUGAGGCAGUUGCAUUAUGAAGAGACCACAGGACCUCGAGAAGGACUAAGUCGGCUCAGGGAGCUCUGUCACCAGUGGCUACAGCCCGAGACCCAUACCAAGGGGCAGAUCCUGGGGCUGCUGGUACUGGAGCAGUUUCUGACCAUCCUGCCUGAGGAGCUCCAGGCCCGGGUGCAUGAGCAUCACCCAGAGAGCGGGGAGGACGUGGUUGUUGUUCUGGAGGAUUUGCAGCUGGAUCUUGGAAAAACAGGACAACAGGUGGACCCAGACCAGGCAAAGAAACAAAAAAUGCUGGUGGAGGAGUUAGCCCCUCUGAGAGGACUGCAGGAGCAGCAGGUUCGGCCUGAGUGUGAAGUUACAAAGCCUGAGAAAGAGAAGGGUGAGGAGACAAGGAUUAAGAAUGGGAAGCUUGUUGUAGUUACAGACUCUUGUGGAAGAGUAGAGUCAUCUGGGAAAAUAUCUGAACCUAUGGAGGCUCAUAAUGAAGGCUCUAACUUGGAAAGGCAGCUGGCCAAGCCCAAAGAGAAGACUGACUAUAAAUGCUCAGAAUGUGGGCAGGGAUUCAUCCAGCACUCGGACCUGAUUGAACAUGCGAGUACACACACGGGAAAAAAACUCUGCGAGUCUGAUGUGUGUCAGAGUUCUAGCCUUAGAGGACACCAGAAAGUCCUCUCUAGAGAGAAAGGUCAUCAGUGUCAUGAGUGUGGGAAAACCUUUCAGAGGAGUUCACACCUUGUCAGACAUCAGAAAAUCCAUCUUGGUGAGAAGCCUUAUCAGUGCAAUGAGUGUGGCAAAGUCUUUACCCAGAAUGCAGGCCUUUUGGAACAUCUCAGAAUUCAUACUGGAGAGAAACCUUAUCUAUGUAUCCAUUGUGGAAAAAAUUUUAGGCGCAGCUCUCACCUUAAUCGACACCAGAGAAUUCACAGUCAGGAGGAGCCCUGUGAGUGCAAGGAGUGUGGAAAAACCUUUAGUCAGGCCCUACUCCUCACCCACCAUCAGAGACUCCACAGUCACUCCAAAAGCCAUCAAUGUAACGAGUGUGGAAAAGCUUUCAGUUUGACCUCAGACCUUAUUCGACACCACAGAAUUCAUACUGGAGAAAAACCUUUUAAGUGUAGCAUAUGCCAGAAAGCCUUUCGACUAAACUCACACCUUGCUCAGCAUGUAAGAAUCCACAAUGAAGAAAAACCCUAUCUGUGUAGUCAAUGUGGAGAAGCCUUCAGGCAGAGGUCAGGUCUUUUUCAACAUCAGAGAUAUCACCACAAAGACAAACUGGCUUGAUGAGGUGUUCUCUCCUUGUAGAACAUCAGAGAGGGCACAUUGACUAGCACUUUAGGAAAAGUCACCAUAGCCCACUGUGGCAUCAGAAAAUUCUUGGGGGCUGAGUUGGAGGCUCCCUGCCUCUGUUUCCUCUCCUUUGCUUUCCUUGGAGUCAGCUUUGGACCACAAUAAUUUCACCCUAGAUGGUAUAAUACGAUCAAAGUUAAACAGCAUUCUUCACUGCAGCACAUCUCAGAGCCUUUAACAUUACUGCAUGAUUAUAUACUCUAAGCAAUAGAGAGCUUCAUGACUAAGGGCUUUGAAGUCAGCAGUGAAUCAAGUGCCCACAGAUUUGCAGGCUUAAGCAGAACAAGGGAAGAUUGAUAUUUUUGCAUAUGCUAUAGCAACUUACUCUUAUAAAACUCAUGAUGUUGGAAGUAUACCACUCUCAAAGGUGUCUUAAAGUACAGGUUAAUGGUGAACAUUUUCCCCCAGUGGCUUUACGUCAUUCCUUCCACUGGCCUUACCCUUCCCUUCCCCAGUGGAAGCAUUUUC